AAAGAAUUCCUAUUUGACGUAAAUAUAAGCAAGGCUAGUCUUUUGGCGAACCAAUCAAAAUGCUACUUGCUAGAAUUUGACAGUUGGAAUUAAAGCAAUGAACCAAUCAUCAUGAGUUAAAUUAUAAUUGAUGGGGAAAACAUAAACCAUGAAUAUUUUGUGUGCUGUGUUGGAUUCUUCAAGAUUUCUUGUUCAGUGGAACAAAACAUAACCUCUUUUCCACGUUCUCUACAAAAUCGGCCCGUAUGCCAGAUGCCUGUGAGAUAAAUUUAUAUUUAAUUGGAAGUGAUUAAUAGUUAUUGUUCACACGAGAAGGUAAAUACGCCAUAGUCCCCUAAUUGCCGGUUAAUUUACCAGUGAACCUGUGCAAAGAGUUCAGGAAAUAUGAGCAGAUUCUUCGCGCGGUCAGACUCGUCCUCGGAGAGUUCGUCAGAUGAGGAACCAAUUCAACGUGCCCAAGUUCCAGUGUACACCUUUAGUGAUGAUGAGGAAGAGGUCAAACGUGUUGUGCGCUCUGCUAAAGAGAAGAGAUACGAGGAACUCACCAAUAUUAUCAAGCAGAUCAGGAAUUUCAAGAAGAUCAAAGAUAUGUCUAGUAUGCUGAAUAGUUUUGAAGAUCUACAAAAAGCAUACACAAAGGCAAUUCCAGUAAUAGCAAAGGAAGAAAAUGGUCAAACUCCUCGUUUUUUCAUCCGUUGUUUGGCAGAAAUGGAGGAUUUCAUCAAUGAGAUGUGGGAAGAUAGAGAAGGACGUAAGAAUAUGAGCAAAAAUAACAGUAAAUCUCUGGCAUCAAUGAGACAGAAGCUAAGAAAGUAUAUCAAGGACUUUGAAGAGGAUAUUGCUAAGUUCAGAGAGAAUCCAGAACAACCUGAUGACGAGGAAGAAGAAGAAAAACAAAGUGUUGUCGUGCUGUUUUCAGAGGCCGACUUGGAUUCAGACGCUGAGGCUCCAUCAAAGGCUGCACCGUCGAAGCCUUCAUCAAAACCGUCAAGUGGCGCGGGCGCUGCGGGGGUCGCAGGCGACAAGGAUUCCUCGGGCAGCGACAGCGACGAUUGGCCGUCCAGCUCGGAUUCAUCCAGCGAAUCGUCCGAUGAAGAUGAGGGCAAAUACACCUCGAUGAGGGAGCGAUUCUUAAAGGAUGACGAAGAAAGAGAACGAAGAAGGGAAGAAAGACGGAAGGAGAGGAAAGAGAAGGAAAGGAGGAAAGCCAAGAGGGAAAUGGACGCGGAGGAAGAUGACGAGGAAGGCGAAUGGGAAACCGUGCAGAGAGGAGUCGCCAUAGAGAAACCGAAGAUGUUCGCUAAAGACGCCGAGAUCGAUCUGAACUUGGUGAUCAAGAAAUUGAGCGAAAUAAUGGCGGCCCGAGGUAAAAAACGGACCGACAGGCGCGAACAGAUUGAGUUGUUGCAUGAAUUGCAAAACGUUUCCGAACAACAUCAAUUGGGACCCGCCAUACUCGUCAAGAUCAAGCUGGCUAUCAUUUCAGCCAUCUUUGAUUACAAUCCUAAGGUAUCCGACGCGAUGAAACCCGAGUACUGGCUGAAACUGUUGGACCGCAUGUCCGAAGUGUUGAACGUGCUGUUGAACAACGAAAAUAUCUCCGUUUCUGAGACGGUGAAUGAAGAGACUGAACAAUUGGACGCGCCUCCUUACAAAGUGCGCGGAUGCGCGCUCACCUGCGUCGAAAGAUUGGACGAUGAAUUCACGAAACUAUUGAAGGAAUGCGAUCCGCACAGCAACGAGUACGUCGAAAGGCUCAAGGACGAGGCUAAAGUAUCUGCAAUAAUCGAUAAAACGAUGAAAUACUUGGAAAGAAGCAACGUUCCGUCCGAGCUGUGCCGCAUAUACUUGCGCAAGAUCGAGCAUUUGUACUACAAGUUCGAUCCGCGCGUUUUGCUGAAGAAAUCUGGGGAAGGUUCAAUUGGCAAAGACGAAUUCACAUCUGUUGAAGAGAUGGAAAAGCUGUGCAAAUUCAUAUACGCCAACGAUAAAACUGACAGAUUGCGUACCCGUGCGAUCCUGUCUCACAUUUAUCAUCACGCAUUGCACGACAACUGGUUCCAAGCCCGCGACCUGGUGCUGAUGUCCCAUCUCCAGGAGACCAUCCAGCAUUCGGAUCCCAGCACGCAGAUCCUCUACAACAGAAUGAUGGCGCAUUUGGGACUGUGCGCGUUCAGACAUGGAAACAUCAAAGACGCUCACAAUUGCCUUGUCGAUCUGAUGAUGACCGGCAAACCGAAGGAACUGCUAGCUCAAGGCCUGCUGCCUCAGCGUCAACACGAAAGGAGCAAAGAGCAGGAGAAGAUCGAGAAGCAGCGCCAGAUGCCGUUCCACAUGCACAUCAACCUGGAGCUGUUGGAGUGCGUUUAUUUGGUGUCCGCGAUGCUGAUCGAAAUUCCGUACAUGGCGGCGCACGAGUUCGACGCCCGAAGACGAAUGAUCAGCAAAACUUUCUAUCAACAGCUGAGAUCGUCCGAGAGGCAGAGUUUGGUGGGGCCGCCGGAGAGCAUGCGAGAACAUGUCGUCGCUGCUGCGAAAGCCAUGAGGAACGGUAACUGGCAGGCGUGCAACGGCUACAUAAUAAACGAGAAGAUGAACGCGAAAGUGUGGGAUUUGUUUUACCAAGCGGAGCAUGUGCGCAACAUGCUCAGCAAGCUGAUCAAAGAAGAAUCGCUGCGCACAUAUUUGUUUACUUAUUCGCACGUCUACGAUUCGAUUUCCAUGGCCACUUUAGCGGAUAUGUUCCAGUUGCAGAAACCGGUCGUGCAUUCCAUCAUCUCUAAGAUGAUCAUCAAUGAGGAACUAAUGGCGUCGCUGGACGAUCCGACGCAAACUGUGGUGAUGCACAAGAGCGAGCCAUCCAGGCUUCAGUCGCUCGCCUUGCAACUGGCUGACAAGAUCAACAACUUCGUAGAGUCCAACGAGAGAAUCUUGGAAACCAAAGGGAACUUCUUCUCCAAAGGACUCAAUCAGGGUGCGUACAGAGGAGACAGGCAAAACUACAGAGGCGGCGGAGGCGGCCAAAAUUGGGACAGGCAACGUAGAGACAGAAGAGAUAAAGAUAAUUACUAAAACACUAUUAUUAUUCCGCUUUUAUGUAUCAUGAAUAAUUACGUUGCUAGAAUGCUAUAAUGUAAUGGAUAUUUCCGUAUCGUGACAUUUAUGACUCGAUCAAAGUAAGAAAACUUCAUUGCAUUUUUUGCAUUCAAAUAUGUUUUGUAUUUAAUAAAAAUACACGAUAAACGGUUUGUAUGUUUCAUUUUAAAAAUUGCUUCAAAAAAUGGUGACAUAAUG